AUGGCACCUACAAUCACUGCAGCAAUGACCAACUCUCAGGAGCAUCUGACUCUGACACACACAAGAUUUUUCUUUUUCUUUCUGCAGCUCAGAAAGCCUCAGGUGGAGAAGUUACGCAGAGAGCGAAUCAACAGCAGCAUUGAGCAGCUCAAGUCUCUCCUGGGUCCAGAGUUCCUCAAACAAGAGCCAGACUCCAAGCUGGAGAAAGCAGACAUCCUGGAGAUGACAGUUUGUGUCCUCAGACGACUGCAGCAGCAUCAGCUUAUGAACUCAGCAGCUGUCAACCAAGGAUUCUCCAGCUGUGUCCAAGAGACGACACACUUUCUGUCCAAACAGCAAGUGAACAUGAAGUCCCAGAGAAGACUGCUGAACCACUUCAACAAGCUGCAGCCUUCCUCUGAUAAGAACCUGAGAGAGGCUGACUUCUCUCCUCUGAGCUCCACAGUCCAGACCAGCAACACCAAAGAGAAGAGUCCAGUCAACAGCGCCCCCUGGAGGCCGUGGUAGACACCUAAAGACUGGAGUUACUACCAGAAAAACUGAGACGACCACAUUGGUCAAAGAAUACUGGACUGAAAUCUAUGAGAUUUAUGAUCAUUUAUUUUCCUAAUAAGAAAAGUUUAACUCUUGUCAUGCAUGUUGCAUGAUACAAAUCUAAUUGCUUCAAGCAAUUGUUAUAUAUCACUGUACUUUAUGUAUAGCUGGUAUAUGAUCUGGUUACAUUUGUAAUCCUUUAAUAUUAUUGAUCAUACUGAUGAAAAACAUUGACCUGUCCUAUUGAAGACAUAUUGUCAUCAAGGAUCUUCAUUUGAUAUUUCAUAGCUGAUCUGUUAUAAGACCUGCUCUUCUUUUUGCUCAGAAGGCAGUAUUUAGCUAUUUCCCUUUGUUUAAUAUGACAUUUCCAAAUGAUAUGAAGUAACAGUAUCUUAUCUAUUAUGAAAUACUGCAUCUCAUCAUGCAUGUUGCAUGAACCACAUUUAAUUGCAUCUGAUCUGUUGUAAGAUCUAAAUGUUUAUCCUUUCUUGGAAAGGUUUUCUGUAUGCCCCAAUUUUCUUGUGAAAGAAAGUUGAAGUAAUCAUUUACAGUUUUCAAGUGAUAUCAGCAUAUCUUUAUUUGCCGAGUCAGUUGACUUGAAUGAUCUGAAGAACAAUGUGAUCUGUUGUAAGAUCCAAUAUUGAUUUCUUUGUACACUAAGUAAGAAUGUUUUGAUACUUAAAAAUUCACAUGCUUCAGUGAGGACUGUGUCCUCAAAUACUGUGUUUUGUUUGUCUUUUAUAAAGACGGUUGUUCCUUCACUCUCUUUGAGUACAGUGUGUCUUGUGGAAUACUACAAGUUGUUGUUGUGAUGUAUCAUCACCUCUAGAGGGAGCUUUUAUACCUAAUGUGGCUCAUUUUGCCCGAUUCAAUAAACAAACUGCAAAUGGUAAA